AUGGAUGAAUGGAUGAUUUUUGUAUGCACGAUCGAGGUAUGCAUGCCAGCAAUCUCCGCCAUGCCGUUCGCCGGCGUAUCCGUCAUCUCCAAUGGCAAGUUGUCGGGCUCUGCAACGACCAUGGUCUGCGGUGCAGCCAGCGGGUACCACCUCUUGGUCGUCGAUGGCUACUCACGCAUCAAGGACAUGCCCAACAGCAAAAACAUCAGGUCGCGGCCUUUCAGGGUCGGAGGCUACUGGUGGGUCAUCCUCUACUCCCCAAACGGCGAGCGCUCUCAAGACUUCGGCUAUGUGUCGCUCACCCUCGCUCUCGAUCACGACCAGCAGAUUCCGCGGCCGGUCAAGCUCAAGUUCGAGUUCAGCUUCAUCGAGCAGGUCGAGGAGCAGCGUUCGGCACGCGUCCGCGCAGGCCAAGUAGUCGAGCUUUCCGCCGGUGCCUCCUGUGGCCACCAUAGGUGGAUGAAGAGGACGGACUUUGACAAGUCGGAGCAUCUCAGGGAUGACGGCUUCAUCAUCCGCUGCGACCUCUUCGUUGUCGACGCCAAGGUCACCCACGGCGCUGUAGAGGUGCCCAAUUCUGACAUACUCGACCAGUUUGGGGAGCUUCUUCGAACACAGUUGGGCACUGAUGUCACCUUCAAGGUCGGCGGUGAGAGGUUCGCCGCGCACCGUUGUGUGCUUGCGGCUCGCUCCUCCGUCUUCAGGGCGCAACUCUUUGGCUCCAUGAUGGAAGGCACUACUACGGCUAACGCCAUAAACAUAAAAGACAUGGCACCAAACGUGUUCAGGGCCUUGCUAACUUUCAUCUACACCGAUGCCAUGCCCAACAUGGAGGAAGACGACCAGUUAGGAAAAGAUGAAGGAAACAUGGAAGACGACGAGUACGAAGAAGAUGAAUAUGAUGGAGCUGAAGAAGAAGUAAUGUCGUGGCUGCAGCACGUGCUCGUUGCAGCAGAUAGAUUCGAUCUCCCAAGGCUCAAGUUGUUGUGCGAAGAACAGUUGUCUGAGCACAUAGAUAUAAUGACAGUGAUGACAAUUCUCGCUCUAGCUGAACAGCAUCGCUGCUGCGGGUUGAAGGAGGCGUGCUUGCAGUUCCUCCAAAUACUCUCUCCCACGAGGUUACAAAACUUACUCGCCACCCAGGGCUGGGACCAUAUAGCCGAAAACUAUCCCGCUGUUGUCAACCAGCUCAUAUUUAAGCUUGCUUCUAAAUGUUAA